AUGUUGGACCCCAUUGGUUCACGAUCACCGGUAAUUGCAGCUGUAACCUCCACCUCAAGCCUCCCAACCUCACGCCCUCACAUUCCAACACCCCAGUACCUCAUCUGCCCCGGAUCUCAUUCGAAGCGCCCUCCUACACUUCCGCUGCAACGCGAUUGCCGUCGGUGUCUACACUCUUUCAUGGAUGACCCAGACCCCGAAACUUUUGGUCCCCUCGUGGCCAUUACGGCAGAGUCUCUCGUCCUUCUCGCUUCCAACAUUGCAAGCCGAUGCCUGCAUCUACCCAAGUCUAGUGGCAAGCUUAUUGCACGAAUUAGCGGCUCAUACAACAUCACUUAUGUUGUUGAAUUAGAGAGUGUUAAGCUCGUGAUCCGAGUUCCUGCCACGGGCUGGGGUUCCGGAAUGACACUGACUGCAGCACGCGCUAUGGAAUCACAAGUUGCCACGAUACGCCUCAUUCGGAGCAAAACUACGAUUCCAGUGCCAGAAAUAUACGCCCUGGACACUACUGACAACAACGAGAUUGGUGCGCCGUAUCUAUGCAUGAGCUUUAUAGCCGGGAAACCCGUGUCUAAGGUUUGGUUUGACGACUCAGGCAUCUUGCCACGAGAAGAGUUGCGCUUGAGGAUUCUGACAAGCAUCUCACGGAUCAUGGCUCGGUUCUCCUGUUUUACCUUUGACAAAAUGGGGUCUAUUAUGGAAGACGGAUCUGGCUCAACUGUCAUUGGGCCUUUGUACGACUGGCGCGAAGAGGAAGAUGGCGGGCUUCAGGUUGCCACUUCAGGUCCAUUUGACUCUACCUCUGCGUUUCUCCAGGAAAGUAUGAUUGCAAGCUCCAACGAAAAUGUAUGGGACAAAGCGGAGGCGAAGGUGUUUGAAGCCAUUGUAGAUUGCGGACCAACACUUGAUUCUCCGCCUGGUUUUGUUCUAUCUCUCCCCGACUUCGACUCGCAGAAUGUCAUGGUGGAUGACCAAGGUACUGUUACCGGACUUAUUGACUGGGACCUCGCCCAGACAAUGCCACGAUUUGUAGGAUAUGCCAGAUAUCCAGGAUGGAUCACGCGCGAUUGGGAUCCUCUGAUGUAUGGUUGGCCAAAGAUAGCCGAAUCGGAGGACUCUCCAGAGACACUGGGACGAUAUCGAGCAUACUACAACGCAGAGCUGGGCAAAGCUCUUGAGUGGUCGGGCGACUGGCAAUUCACGGAGAAAUCCCACAUGGCCGAGGCAAUUUGGAUUGCCGCACUACACCGCAACAAUCGCAUGGAGAUAUGUCGCAAAUUUAUUCAGGUUGCUACAGGCGAUGACACUGAAUCUCUAGACGCCCUCUACGAUAUCGGGGCGGGGUGUUAUGGAGAGGAAAAGUUGAGUAUCUUUAAAGACAACUUGAAGCGCUUAAUACGCCGUGAAGCGCUUGAUACGUCGACGUUGAUUGGCGAAUUAUGA